AAGAUAGGUUGUUUCUCUCUCUAUAUAUGUAUCAGCUGUUCGUUCGUCCCAAGCCUCUCCUCUUAUAUAUAUCAUCUCUUGCCCGAGAGAGACUAUAAAUCUUUCUUUCUAUCUCAUUAUAAAAGACAACAUCUUUCAAAUUCUUUACCCGCUCUUCUUCUCCCUCUCGUCCACCAAGAUCUCUGCUCGCUUAUAAGAAACAAUUUCAUCAUCUGAGCUCCAGAUUUAGAUGGCUGAACAGGCGAUGGAAGGUAGUCAACCAGUGGAUCUAACGAGACAUCCAUCUGGGAUUGUCCCUACUCUUCAGAAUAUUGUUUCAACUGUAAACUUGGACUGCAAGUUGGAUCUUAAAGCCAUCGCCCUUCAAGCUCGCAAUGCUGAAUAUAAUCCCAAGCGUUUUGCUGCUGUUAUCAUGAGGAUUAGAGAACCAAAAACUACUGCUCUGAUAUUUGCAUCAGGAAAGAUGGUUUGUACAGGAGCAAAAAGUGAGCAACAAUCAAAAUUGGCAGCCAGAAAGUAUGCUCGAAUUAUUCAGAAACUUGGUUUCCCUGCUAAAUUCAAGGAUUUUAAAAUUCAGAACAUUGUUGCCUCAUGCGAUGUUAAAUUUCCCAUCAGACUUGAAGGUCUUGCGUAUUCCCAUGGUGCCUUUUCAAGUUAUGAGCCAGAAUUGUUUCCCGGGUUAAUUUAUCGUAUGAAGCAACCGAAGAUUGUGCUUCUCAUUUUUGUUUCUGGAAAAAUUGUUCUCACUGGAGCUAAGGUGAGAGAUGAAACUUACACAGCCUUUGAGAAUAUUUACCCCGUGCUUACUGAAUUCAGGAAAAAUCAACAAUGAUCGACCGGCUUACUGGUGGGUGAAAGUCAUCGGAAACGGGGGAAGGGGGCUUUGUUUGAUGGAGGAGGGGGAGUAGGAGGGGGUGACAAUUAUGAAAACUGAUGAAACUGUAAAUACUAUAUGAAAAUGAUGAUUGUUCAAUGGGGGGGAAGUAUCAGUUCAAAUGUUUGUGGCUAAGAUAAAAAAAAAAGGAAAAAAAAAGAGAUGGUUUGUCACCUGCUUCAAUGGGAACUAAUGAAAGUUGGUUUGGAAUCAAGUUUUUUUUUUUGUUUUUUUUUUGCGUUGUAUUGCAAUUGUAGUUUAAUAAUAUACAAUAAUAGAGACAUAAUUAAAAAUAGAUAUAUGCAGAGUCACAAACUGCAUGCAUCCUCAUGAGCUCUUAUUUGUGCAUGGUUGGACAAAUUAAUGGAGUGCAAUUUUCCCUUAUUUUAGUGUUUUGUUCUU